AUGCUGCACAGGGCCAUCUUCCUCCUGUUCCUCCAUUUAGUCAUGUGCUCCAUCUCUUCUCCUCUCUAUCCAGCUCUCAGGUACAAUCCACUGCCCAUCUCUAGCAAGACGGUGAGCUUUCAGCUACAGGACGGCAGUCCAGUGCAGAGCAACAAUCUCUCUGUGGAGCAGCAGCAGCAGGAAGAGGAGGGUUUUCUAGCCAACCCCGCUGAAAAAAGGAUGCAGCGUCAUGCUGAUGCCAUAUUCACUGACCACUACCGGAAAGUCCUGGGGCAGAUCUCUGCCCGGAAGAUCUUACAAACCAUUAUAGGCAAACGGCUGGGCGAACGCAGUCCAGGGGAAGGGGAGCAUGAAUUUUUGACCAGACGCCAGUCUGAGAGCAUCUUGAUGGACAGCCGCUACCACCAGCAGAUGGUAUUAAAGAAUUUCUUGGGAGCCAUAUUGCAGAAUCAAAGGCCUCAGGAUGUCAACAGUGAUCAUGUCGAGGACUUUACCAACACCCUGGCCAAGCUCAUGAAACUGUAA